CUUUCCUUCAUAUUCAUCCUAAAGCCGUGGAUGUUACGUCUGGAAAUAUUCCAAGCACGCUUGGUGUUUAUCCUAUUUGGCUUGAGCUUUUGUCUAUUCACGACUCGUUAGAAAGUUUAACCAAAGACGAACUUUAUAGUAUCUUAAGAUUUUAUAAUGAAACCUAUCUUGAAAUAAUCUGGCAACUUGUUUAUAAUUUGAGUAUUGAUCAAACUAUUCAAAACGAGAUUCUAGAUAGUCAAAUUGAAUUUUUCGAAUUUUUAAACAUACAAACUAAAAAAGAACCAACAGCACCACCAAAUUCAUUAUGGUUUGGAGUCCUAGAUCUUGCUCAAUGCUUAAGUCAAAAAAUCAACACAACUUGCCAAUUUAGCUCUUUGUUAUUAUUUAGGCUUGGAAUAAUUACAAAAAUCUAA